AUGAGGAUCAUAAAUCUCUCUCUUUUGGUCUUCACAGUUACAACAAUGCUCCCCCUAUCAUUCUCCAUCAAUGCUUUCAAACGCUGUCCAAAUUGUGGCCAAGCCCAAGUGCCAUACCCAUUAAGCACUGCCGCAAAUUGCGGUGACCAAUCCUACAAGAUUCGUUGCACCGCUGGCACACUCUUCUUCGACUCCAUCAACGGUUCCUCUUACGCCAUCACCGCCAUCAACCCCACGACGCAACGUUUCGUUCUCCACCCACCAAGUUUCUUGAACGACACUUGCGUUUCCACCGACUUCAAAAGCGAAGGGUUGUGGCUAGACACUAGCUCCCCCUUCAACAUCACCUCUAGCAACACCCUGGUCUUCUUGAACUGCAAUCAAGACGUCUUUACGACAUUGUGGAAUUGCUCGUUAUCUAGCAUUUGCCACAAGUACGUGCAAGACAAUGACGUGGCAGCAAAAAUCUGUGGGACAAGCAACCGUGUAUCGCCGAUAUGCUGCCACGUCAAAACUGGUGGGUCAGUCACUGCUUAUAGAAUAAGGGUGAGGAAGGAACGGUGUGCGGCGUAUGUUAGCUUUCCCAAUUUGGAUUAUUCUUUGCCUGUGAGUAUGUGGCAGCCUGGGGUGGAGAUAGAGUGGGAGUUGCCGGAGGAACCGCUGUGUAAAGUGAAUGAAGAUUGCUUGGAUUUGGCUAACUCUGGUUGUUUGCCGGAUCCGGUGACCGGCGGAUGGAGGAAGUGCUUGUGCAAACCUGGCUUUCACUGGGAUCCUGUAAACGGCAUAUGUCAAAAUAUCAAGUGCGAAAAUGGAAGAGGAUGCAAUCGUCGUAAGAAGAAAACUCCUCUUACCGGAGGCAUGGCGUUGGUUGGGGCUGCCACGCUAACAGGAGGCUUGAUUUUUGCUUUGAUGUUUUACCUUCGGAAGCAAAGAAUCAAAAGAGAAACUCAGAAGAGCAUCAUAAGGAAAGCACGCAACAUAUUAAGUGCUGACAGCAGUGGCAAAUCAGCGAAGAUAUUCACCAUUAAAGACAUCACAAAGGCAACCAACAACUUCUCCAAAGGUAACCUCCUUGGUGCUGGUGGCUUUGGUGAGGUCUUCAAAGGAACUCUUGAUGAUGGAACCAUCACAGCUAUCAAGAGAGCCAAACCUGGCAACACAAGAGGCAUUGACCAAAUACUCAAUGAGGUUAGAAUCCUUUGCCAAUUAAACCAUAGGAGCCUUGUGAGACUCUUGGGGUGUUGUGUUGAGCUUCCUGAACCUCUUCUUAUAUAUGAAUAUGUCCCAAAUGGAACCCUUUUUGAGCACCUUCAUAAUACCAACUCUGGCAAAUGGAUCCGUCUUGGAUGGCAUUCAAGGCUGAGAAUUGCACACCAAACUGCUGAAGGGGUUGCAUAUCUUCACAAUGCAUCUAUACCAAGAAUCUUUCAUAGAGAUAUCAAGUCGAGUAAUAUUCUUUUGAAUGAUAACCUUGAUGCCAAAGUUUCUGAUUUUGGCCUUUCAAGGUUGGCUGUGAGUGAAGCAAGUCACAUCACAACGUGUGCUCAAGGAACCUUAGGGUAUCUUGACCCUGAAUAUUAUGUGAACUUUCAGCUUACAGAUAAAAGUGAUGUGUACAGCUUUGGGGUGGUUUUGUUGGAGUUGUUAACUUCUAAGAAGGCUAUUGAUUUUAACAGAGAAGAGGAGGAUGUGAACUUGGUGGUUCUAAUCAAAAGGGCUUUGAAGGAAGGGAGGUUGAUGGAUGCAGUUGAUCCUAUGCUGAAAAAUGGAGCUAGUAGAGUGGAGUUGGAGAGUAUGAAAGCAUUCGGAUCUCUUGCUGUUGCUUGCCUAGAUGAUCGGAGGCAGAAUAGACCCUCAAUGAAAGAUGUCGCUGAUGAGAUUGAGUACAUUAUUUGUGUUGUCGCUAAUGUUAAGGUUGAGGAUGUUGAGGCUUAA